UCAAAUGUGACCUAAUAAUUUAGAAAUCUUAAAAUGACUGAACAUGUCUCGUUUCGUGAGUAUUGUGAAAAAACCACUUUACCGGGUAUGAAAUAUUUUGUGAUGAAUCAUAGAUCACCAAUGGAAAGAAUCUUUUGGGUGCUGAUUUUUGUUUGUAUGAUACUGGCAACAAUUUCUGGGUUAAGUGCUUUGAUAGACGUUUGGAUAAAUUAUCCAACAAUAAUGUUCAUCGAAAACACGAAAUCUGCAAUUCAAGAAAUACCUUUUCCAACGAUCACAAUUUGUCCAUCGAGCCAAAUGCGGAAAUGGGUUUGGGAAAAAUACUUGGACACGAACACUUCCUAUUGGGAAAACCUUCAACAAUAUCGGUCUUUAACAUGUUCUUCGUAUGUUUAUGCUCCUGGAUUGAAAGGCCGUGCCGAGGAUUAUUUGGACAACGAUUGGUUUAUACAAAUUAUGAAUGAUUGCGCGAUUAGCUGUUCAGAAUUGUUUCAAUCGGAGUUUAAAUGGCAAAAUACAACGUUAAGCAAUUUUUGUCAAUUUGUCCAGCCAAUUUUAGGAGUAUUUGGAUUAUGUUAUGCAAUUAACAUGAUGCCUAUGCAUCAAAUAUUAAACGAUGAAAAUUAUCAGAGAUACUUAAAAUUUUUUUCAACAAAUAACACGUACUCUAAUACUAAAAGGUCAAAAUGGACUUCCGACGACGGUUACUCAUUAUUUUCAGACCAAAAUGUUCUUUUCGAUGUAAUUCCAGCUCGAUCAAGUGGCGUUAGUUACUAUCAUCGCCUAAGAUUGAAAUUACACACGACAGAGAAUGCAUUUUCGACCUGUCCCAAUAAUCAUUACAACGAAGAUUUUUUUCUGGUUUUAAUAUCUAGUCCUGGCGAAUUAUACACGUACAAAACUAGAACAUUUGUAGCAUCAGACACAUACAAAAAAAUACAAAUCACACCGUUCGUAAAAAAAAUGAAUUCGGGCUUGAUGUGGCGUUCUCUGAAAAUUAGAAAAUGUUAUUUACACAACGAGAGAAAACUAUCCAGAUUUCAACUCUACACGGAGUUCAAUUGUAAUGAAGAAUGUAAAAUAAACAUAACUAUUUCAAUGUGUGGCUGUGUUGCUUACAACUCAGCCUUUGCAGUGAAUUCCAGCGUAAAAAUAUGUGGUCCGGCGAAAAAAAUUUGUGCGCAAAAAGCUACACUAGCUGUGUAUCUCUCGAAGGUACAAACAAAGUGUAAUUGUUUACCAACAUGUUCUGUAGUUGAAUACGAUAUAACAGAUUCAUCGCAUUAUGACAGUUGGGAUUAUAUGAAAGCUACAAAUUUAGUAAAAAAUAAUUCUAAAGGAGCUACGAUCGAAUUGGUUUUUAGACAUCCUUAUUUCACUGCAUAUGAAUCGGCAUCAGUUGUAGACAUAGAUUCAUUAAUUAGUAACACUGGAGGAAUAUUAGGCUUAUUUUUGGGAAUAAAUUUAAUUAAUAUUUUGGAAAUAUUGUAUGUAUUAAUUAAAAUUGUUAUUAGUUACUUAUAUUGUAAAUAAUAUGUUGAGUAAGUAAUCAGCGCACUGACAGAAGUGAUGAAGGAUGUACAAAUUGCUAUCAAUUAUUUUAAAAUUAAAGCAUUUAUAUAUGGUGUGAACUUUCUGAAACCAACAAAAAUAUAUUACGCGAUGCAUUAUAGUAGUAAA